AUUCAUUCAUCUUGCUACUCGCUAUACUAGCCUCUAAAAACAGAUCACACAUUACUAUGACCUUACGCAACAUACAAAGUGAAAGUAAGUCUCGAGUCUUCAUUGUUAACGCGUUAACAGGCCAUGUUUGAAUUUGAAGAUUCUUACGUAUAUCUGUCGAUACAACUAUUCGGUGUAUCCAAGCAUUCAUGUGGUCGAUUGUCACGAGUAUGCAGUUCUGGACUCGAUGGAGGCCUCGGAUGCUGCAGGACUUAAUUCCUCCGACGUUUUGUCCCACUAACAACCACCAUGUCGUCCUCAAACUUUGGCACCUUUGCACGCAGCAAGACGAGAAAGUUUCCUCCUCAGGCCAUUGACGAGAUACUCUCCUUUGUCCAUGAUCUAGACACCCUCAAAAGCUGCACAUUAGUUUGCCGAGAUUGGGAGUCCACUGCGCAGCUAUACCUGUUUUCCGUGGUACACGUCGGUGGUCAUCCACCGCCUCGUCGUCACAAUCCAUACGACAUACCUCAUCCACUUAUCCCUCUCAAUGAACUCCAUACCUUCAGAUUACAAGGCUUUAUCCGGGAGCUCCGUAUCCUACAAUCUCCCGGCAAUGCCUUUCUCCAGCAGCUGCAGGUCAUUCUCGACAACGGAGACUUCAGGAGACUCAAGACGGUGAUGCUGGAUCAGACCAGUCUUACCAUGACUGGCGCGACUAUGGCACAAGUCCAGAAGUUACUACUGUCGAAUAUCAGAUUCUCUGGGCCCAACGGGCUACUGGCGCUCGAUCUCUCCCGUUUCAGUUCCUUGGAGGAUUUGCUGUUUGAAGGAAUAACAUUUCUCCCGUCGACUCUGGGUCCGCCAGUGAACACACCUCCUCCAUUGCAACUGAAAACGUUGGUGAUUCAGUCAUGCGCCAACGAUGUUUACGCGACGCUUAUCGACACUCUCCUACUUGAUCAGUCCCCUGUGAACAUCAAGCACUUGAGUCGGUUCGACAAUCAUGACAAUCAGCUCAUAUAUAUCGCAGACCCGCUGGACCCGAAUGCCCGUAUUCCGUGUCCAGACACUUUGAGUAUGGCCUCAAGGGCUGUCGGACACCUGCUGAAGGAAAACAAUGUUGUACAGCACAUCGGUUUGCAUAAUGUGCCUGGUCAAACUGAACUGCUCACGCCCACCUUUCUUUGCGGGCUGCGGUCCCUUGUAGUGCCCAUGAAAACACUCCAAUUGAAGGAGUCUCUUCAAAAUCUCUGUAACCUUCUCACCGAGUCAAAGCCUUCCGCGUCAGGGCCCUUGACCUUGAUUCUCAAAUAUCCUUACUUCACGGCGGAUAUCUUACGAUGCGGCCACGAGUGGAUAUUUCUCGAUAAUCUUGCUGGUUCUCAUGUGGUGAAAUUGGGGGGUUUUUAUGGAGUAUCCGGACGAUGUUUCUUCGGAGGAGGAGACCUUGCAAGUCGCUGGGCCGCUACAAUUUGAGCAACUUCUUUCUAGAAGCAUGGCUAAUGCGGUGUUGCGAUUUGGGUAUGUGGGCCUCAAUACAAUUGAUGAUUUCUUGGGGUGGUGAAAUAUCUACUUUGCGAGUCAUUAAGCACCUCAAAUACCAUGCA